GAGAUCCACGCUUCCUUUUCCCCUCCUCGGUCUCAAAGGUCCUCAAGUGAACUUUGUCACUUUUUCCUGCCCUCACGCCGGGCAACACGAGAACAGGCUACAGAGGAGCAUUUCUUGUGAUUACCUCUUUUAAAACGCGCUCACCAUGGCGUGUCCAGCGUGGACUUACAGUCUCUCUGCGAUGCAUGAGUGGGAGUCCCCAGAUUACGAGCCGGCACUUCCCGUUUCAGAGAAGUCCAACCCCCUGACGCGGGACAUGGACCGGGCUUCGGCCCGGUGCAUUGUGAGGAUGCUGCAGGCCUGUGACGCUCAGAUGUUUCAGCGCAGGACGGGAACCACCUACCAGAGGCUUUUGAGUGAACCCGUGCUGGAAACAUUGACGGAGGUUGCUAAGAAAGUGGAGCACAUCCUCAAGCAUCCGCGGGACAGUCUGAUUGUACUGAGUGGCUGUGGGACGUCUGGUCGACUGGCGUUCCUCAUGGCGUCCGCUUAUAACAGAGCGCUGAGGGAGCUCGACCACAGUUUGGUCUAUUCCUACAUUAUUGCAGGAGGAGACAGAGCUCUCCUAUCCUCCCAAGAGGCUCCGGAAGAUGACGCCGAACUGGGCGUGCUCAGUCUACAGAAGGCAUGUGAGGGACACAAGAGUGUCUUGUUCAUCGGUAUUUCCUGUGGGUUAUCUGCCCCAUUUGUUGCAGGUCAGCUGGACUUCUGCCUGCAGCACCCAGAGGUCUACACCCCCGUACUGAUUGGCUUCAAUCCUACACAUCAGGCCAGGGACGAGCGCAUUCCCGGCUGCUCGUUCACUUUUCGCAGUGUGGUCCGAAGGAUGCAGGAGCUCGCCAAGCGGCGGGGGGCCUUCCUCGUCAACCCAGCGGUCGGGCCAGAGGCCGUCAGCGGCUCGUCCAGGAUGAAGGGGGGCAGCGCCACCAAGAUUCUCCUGGAGGUCGCGCUGUCCGCUGCCCACGCCGCCGCCUUCGCAGACACACCCAUCAGUCCCGUCGGCAUCCGGCAGCACAUGGGCGCACACGAGAAAACUCUGGAGAUCACUUACGCUCAGGCAGAGGGGCUCGGCGCUCUGCUGGAGGCAGCCGGGCAAAGCUUGCGGCGUGGCGGGCGUCUGUGUUACCUGGGCUGGGGGCCCCUGGGGACCCUGGGCCUCGUGGACGCCAGCGAGUGUGUGCCCACGUUCGGAGCAGGCUGCGAAGAUGUUCGGGGCUUCAUCAGUGGAGGAUACAGCGAGCUGAACAACAAAGAAGGUCCACUGGGCCCCGGCUUCAGUAUAGCCCACGAGGAUUUCCUGCGUCAGGUCCUGCCCUCUCUCUCUGACCGAGACCUCGUUCUGCUUCUCUACACACACGCCGACCGCGUCAGCGAAGUGGCCGAGCUGGCGCGCGCGGCGAGGGAAAAGACGUCCAACGUCCACGCCGUUUACCACCGGGUGGACGGAGACGCGGCGGCCGCGGCCCAACAAGAUGACAUCAACAGGCUGUGUUUAUUGUCACUGAAAUUCACUUGGCCGUCCACUGCUUCAGGGAUCUCACUGCACAAGCAGUGGGAGCUGUCCACGAAGCUGGUGCUGAACGCCGUGAGCACCGGCGCUCACGUCUUGAAGGGGAAGAUCUACCAGAACCACAUGGUGGACGUGCAGGUCACCAACAGCAAGCUCUACCGCCGAGCCACGCGUUUACUCCAGAAGCUGUCCGGUUGUCCGGAGCCACGGUGUGAGGAGGCCCUCCUAAAGGCCAUUUACCGGGUGGACGAGCUGACGGCGGACAUCACAUCCUCCGACGUCAGCGAACGCACACGUGCCGCCAGGAGCGCCACCAAGGCGGUCCCGCUGGCUUUGGUCUGUUUGCUGAGCGAUUGCUCUCUCCUGGAGGCGGCGGCUCGUCUGGAGCGAGAGCCAAUCGUGAGGGAGGCGGUGGAAGCGUGCCGGUCAUAAUCGACAUGGCAUAAUGGCAUCAGCACAGUCAAUCAUGUGAUCAACCCUCUAUUUACCCUCUAAGAAUCCGACGUGCAGAGGCUCGGACGCCACCUCCUCGAGCAGCGGGGCUUCCCCCAGGAGUAAAGGCAUCUUCCCACAGCUGGACGGUGCAGCUGCUUCCAACGCAGAUCCUGUUUGCUCACACACAGACGCAGAAGCUUGUGGGUGAUCGUGUUUUGG